GUCCGCGGCCGAUUCCUUCCGCGGGGUCUAACCCGCGUGGCUCUCCGAGAUGCAGUCUACCGGCGCUGAUUAUCUUGAAGAACACUACUAUGAUUCUGUCGGAGUAGACGAGGUACACGUUCCAACAGGAGUAGAUCCGCUGCAGCAGUCAGCAUCCUCCGACCAAAUCUCCGUCCUUCAACUGCGUGCCCAGUAUGCAGAGGAGUUGAAACAGGUCGAAGAGGAAAUCCAAACGUUGAAACAAGUAUUGAACGCCAAAUACCGUCGGCAGCAUUUCUUGAAGCGACAACUGGGUAUCACUGUGAUAAACGAAUUACGCGAGGAGGUCAAUAAAGGGAUAGACAAUUUGCGGACAAGUGAAGCCUUUCAACGGACUACGGCGGUGGUCAAAACAGCUAAAGAAAAGACGUCGAAUGUGCUUCAUGAGAAGUGGAAUGUUUUGAGGCAAACGAAUGCGUUCAAAUCGUUCGAGGACAAACUCGGAGUGGCCUACUCUUCUGUUCGGCUACCAUCCAGUCUUACUCAACUGGCCUUGGCUGGUCCCGCGGCCGUGGGGAAACUAGUGCGGUCGGCAACUCUUAGUGGUGACCACUCCGCUGGGCCCGCUAUGAUGAACGCGACAACCCGUGUACAGGUAGGAAAGCUUUACUGCCUUUUUCACUCGUGAAUCCCCCCAUGUAUUGUCUUUUUGCUUGGUCCGUCAGAUGUGACCAGAAUG